AUGGAGCAGUGCGAGCCACGAGAGCCCAGCGUGCCGCAGGCCGCGCUCGAAGCAAAACAGGUGGUGCUAGAUGCCAAUGCACUGGAUGCAUUUGCCGAAGAGGCGCGACGGAAGUUAGCGAAGGAGAUAAACGACAGAGCGAAUGAUGCAUGCCAGGAGGUCAAUGGCCUUGUCUCUGCGGCACUUCGUCACCUGCCGCCGGAAGUUCGGGCCCUGCCAGCCAGAGAAGCACUGUGGGUUUUCUGCAACAAGGAGACUGGUCCUACACAAUCCUGCGCCGCGUUGCUGGAUGACCAGAGCGAGAUCGCGGAACAGGAAUGCCGAGAAGACUCCUACAGUGAAAGGCUGCUGUGCUUUGAGAUGAGUGAGGUGCGAAGAAGCUGUGGGUAG